GGCGACGUCGGAGCUAAUAUGGCAGAGUACACGCGGCUGCUCAACUGCUUGGCGCUCAUCCGCCUGCAAAACCCACCUGUCAAUGCGCUCAGUACAAAAGUACUCCUGAGUUUAAAGGAGGGACUGAAGAAAGCAGCUUCAGAUAGUUCCGUGAAAGCUAUUGUGAUUUGUGGAGCAGACGGCAAAUUCAGUGCAGGUGCUGAUAUCCAUGGCUUCAAAUCUGAGAAAAGCCUCUCAUUGGGCAGCCUUGUAGAUGAAGUACAGAACAAUGAGAAGCCUGUGGUGGCUGCUAUUCAAGGCCUGGCUUUAGGAGGGGGCCUGGAGCUGGCUCUGGGGUGUCACUAUAGGAUUGCCCAUGCAGAGGCUCAGGUUGGCUUUCCUGAAGUGUCCCUUGGACUUCUUCCUGGUGCCAGAGGAACACAGCUCCUCCCUAGACUCACUGGAGUUCCCGCUGCACUUGACUUAAUCACCUCGGGGAGACAUAUUUCAGCCAGUGAAGCACUCAAGCUGGGUAUUCUAGAUGAAGUUGUGAACUCAGAUCCUAUUGAAGCAGGAAUCAAAUUAGCCCAGAAAAUUUCAGCUCAACCUCUAGAAUCUCGCAGAAUUCGGAACAGGCCCAUUCCAGACAUGCCUGGCAUGGAUUCCAUCUUCAAUGAAGCUGUUUUGAAGAUACGGAAGAAGUACCCAGGAUCCCUAGCUCAAGAGACCUGUGUCCGUGCUGUCCAGGCUGCAGUCCAGUAUCCCUACGAAGAGGGCAGCGAGAAGGAGAAGGAACUGUUCAUGUACCUUUGGAAAUCAGGGCAGGCACAAGCCCUUCAAUAUGCCUUCUUCGCUGAGAGGAAUGCAAGCAAGUGGUCUACUCCAUCCGGAGCCUCCUGGAAAACAGCGACAGCAAAGCCCAUUUCCUCAGUUGGUGUUGUCGGAUUGGGAACAAUGGGCCGAGGCAUUGUCCUUUCACUUGUAAUGGCCAAGAUACCUGUGAUUGCUGUGGAAUCUGACAAAAAACAGCUAGAGAUUGCAGACAAGAUAAUAACCUCAGUUUUAGAAAAGGAAGCAACCAAAAUGCAACGGAGUGGCAACCCAGUGUCAGGACCAAAACCUAAGCUAACUACAUCUCUAAAGGAGCUUGGUGGUGUAGAUUUAGUAAUUGAGGCAGUAUUUGAGGAGAUGAACCUGAAGAAAUGUGUCUUUGCUGAACUGUCAGCUGUGUGUAAGCCAGAAGCCUUUUUAUGCACCAAUACUUCAGCCCUGGAUGUUGAUGAGAUUGCUUCUUCCACAGAUCGUCCUCACCAGGUCAUUGGUACUCACUUCUUUUCACCUGCUCAUAUCAUGAAGCUGUUAGAGGUCAUACCUGGCAAACAUGCUUCCCCCACUACCAUAGCCACUGUUAUGAACUUAUCAAAAAAGAUAAAAAAGUUUGGAGUUGUUGUGGGCAACUGUUUUGGAUUUGUUGGGAAUCGAAUGCUGUUUCCAUAUUACAAUCAGACUUCUUUCUUAAUAGAAGAUGGCAGUACCCCACAGGAGGUAGAUCAGGUCCUGGAAGAGUUUGGUUUCAGAAUGGGACCUUUCAGAGUGUCUGAUCUUGCAGGGCUGGAUGUGGGUUGGAAAUCUCGGAAAGGGCAAGGUCUUACUGGACCUUCAUUGCCCCCAGGAACUCCUGCCCGAAAACGAGGCGAUUUAAGAUAUUGCCCACUUGCUGAUAUGCUCUGUGAAUUAGGGCGAUUUGGCCAGAAGACAGGGAAAGGUUGGUACCUAUAUGAUAAGCCACUGGGUAGGAUUCACAAACCUGAUCCUUGGUUUUCCGAAUUCCUAGCACAAUACAGAGAAACCCAUCACAUCAAGCCACGUACUAUUAGCCAGGAAGAGAUCCUGGAGCGGUGUGUAUAUUCACUCAUCAAUGAAGCAUUCCGUAUCUUGGAGGAAGGGAUAGCAACUAACCCAGAACACAUUGAUGUUGUCUAUUUACAUGGAUAUGGAUGGCCAAGGCACAAGGGUGGUCCCAUGUUCUAUGCUUCCACGGUUGGCUUGCCCACUGUUCUAGAGAAGUUGCAGAAAUAUUAUAAUCAGAAUCCUGAUAUUCCUCAACUGGAGCCUUGUAACUACCUGAAAAAACUGGCUUCCCAGGGAAACCCUCCUUUAAAAGAAUGGCAAAGUUUGGCAGGUCCCCUCUACAGUAAGUUAUGAUUUUGAUUUGCUUCACAUGACUAGCAUCAAGUAACACUCACAUAAUUUUAUUAACAUUAAACCCACAGAUUAUUCUGAAUUCAAAGAAAGAAAGCAUUAGUCAGCUAAAUAUCCUCCCUGGGUCUUCUGUGCAAUGACUCUUAAAGGUCAGAUAUUUGGAAACAUGCUUUCUAGGCCUCAAAUUCUAUUCCCAUCAAAGAAAUUAAUUCAGUCCCAGUGAGUAAAAUGUAAAUAAUAUGAAAAUGAAGGAGAAAGCAUAAUAUAUGGUUAAAGUAUUUUUAUCAUUGGAGAAAUAAUGACAUUAGUUAAUAACUGAUAAUAUAGUCAUAAAUUUAUUUUGGUCCCUUUCAAAUUCACAUAGGAAAUUUUAUGACUCCUUCAUUUCAUGCACAUUCAUUGAAUACAUUCUGAGCACUUUGUAUAUCACAUAUCAUACUUAGUUUUCAGAGGGACAUUAUUUCAACAAGGAAACCUGUGACAGAACUUCAGUUGGUAGUCUUGGAGGUGAAAUUGAGACAUUUGCAAGAGGGUGUCUGUGAGUGAAGCUGGAAAGCUAUUUAAGAAAAGGCAAAUGUUGUGAUUGGAAAGAGAAGCAAAGUGUCAGAAUCUGAGUGUUAUCAGCUGCGAUUUGGUGAGGGAAUGAAUAUUUCAGACCAGAAAGGGACUCAGAGUGGCAUGGCCAGAACUGCUCAAUAUGCCACUUUGUCUUAUGUCCAGUCACACAUAGACAUUGUGCUUACUACUUGCAGGGGGAUCAGUGUAUUUGUUGAUAUUUUCCUUGAGCUCAGGGAUGUGCACAAUCUGGUCUUAAUUACUCUGCUUUUCAUGGAGAAGUAACAGUGAGUUGUUGACUUCCUGUGCAGAGGAAUCUUCAGGAACAUUUAAUUCAACCUUCUCUGAUUUUCUGAAGGACUGAUGGUGUCUGUUUUCUUAUCAUGGUCAGCCUUUAUGAUGUUGGAUACAGAGACUUGAAUAUAUUUGAGACUUGAAAAAUCUAAAAUUAUUGCCAAAUAAAAUUUUUUAAAAUACAUUGUUAUGAGUGCUCUUAAUCUUUUGUUGGAGGAUUUAGAGUUCAGGGACUGGUCAGCACAAAAGUUGGAAACAAAUAUUUAUCGCAGGAUUAUUCAUCAGCCAAAGAUUGAAAACAAAUUUGAUGUUCAUCAACUAAAAAUGGCUAAACAACAUAUAGAAUAGCCAGUACUGUAAAACAGAAUUGAGCCUAAAAAGAAAUGAAGUAAUGAUGUAUGCCACAAUAUGACAAACCUUGGGAAUAUUGAAUUUAAACCUUGUCAAAUAAAAGAAGGCAGUCACAAAGGCCAUAUAUCAUAAGGACAUUUAUAUGAAAUGGUCAGGAAAGGCAAAUCUAUAUAGACAGCAGAAUAGAGGUUGCUUGGUGCUGGAAUGAUUGACUGAAGUGAACAGUAAUAGCUAACGGAUAUAGGAUUUCUCUUUGUGUUCUGAAA